AUGGGGAAGACAGGGAGUAAAGUUCUCAGAGAAACAUCUCUGGAUGGAGUUCAGCCACAGCCAACUCCAGCAGCUGCCAUAGAAGCACUCACCAAAAACAGUAAGAUGAAGGUGAAAUGGACCCAGCUUGGCCUGAUCUUCUUCCUUCUACUUUCCCUGGUCAUGACUGGCUGCUUUAUCUGGCAGUAUCAGCUGCCAAAGUUACUGCCAGAUGAAGAUAUAGGGAGAAAUUCCAAAUCUGAGCAGAUGUGUCCCAGAUUCCCUGAGCCCACACCUUUGGAGCAUCCCAUUCCCAGCUUAAAGGAAGCACUGGAAAAGGUGGACAGUCUUUUGCGUCAAAGCAUUAACCCCAAGAGUUUGCCUGCAAUAUCAGCCAUAGUCAUCUACAAUGACACCGUUCUCUGGACUGGAAACUUUGGCAAAAGGAAUGGUAGCGACCCCCUUUCAGCACCUCCAAAUGAAUACACCAUCUACAGGAUUGCUAGCCUCUCCAAGAUCUUCCCCACACUGAUGCUGUACAAACUGUGGGAGGAUGGUAAAAUUAGCUCCCUGGAUGACCCGCUUGAGAAAUACGUGGAGAAUUUCACCAUCAAAAACCCCUUGGGCAAGACACGAGAUUCAGAGCUCAAAUAUGUGACAGACGGCCUGAUUUUUUUGGACAGUGGCGAGGUGCAGAUCAGAUCAUCUUCUGUCACAUUGCGUAGAAUGGCCAGUCAGCUCUCUGGUCUACCAAGAAGGCUUCGGGCAACCAACCUCCUGUGGAAGGGUAAAACUCAAGCUGCCAUCAACCUUCUCCAGGAUGAUGUGCUUGUUGCAGAUCCAGGAACCAAAUGUCACUACAGUAAUUUGGCUUUCUCCCUGUUGGCCCAUGUCAUGGCUGAACGAGUCGUGGGUGUGGACUACCAGCGAUGGAUCUCUGACAACAUCCUUAACCGUUUGGGGAUGGAGGACACAGGCUUUGACAUCACCCCUGGUAUCCAGAGUCAAAUGGCUAUCGGCGUCUACUCCAGUGGCCAGCCUGCACCCCUGUAUGAUUUGGGCUGGUACAGACCUUCUGGUCAGAUGUUUUCCACUGCUGCUGAUUUAGCUAAACUGGCCAUGGUGCUGCUGGGAGCCUACCACCGCAAACUCCUAGAACCGGACACCCUCAAGAUCAUGUUAGCACCCCUCUUUCGGUGUGACAAGGACUACUUUGCUAACCGCACAGGCACUCCUUGGGAGGUGAAUGAGCAACUAGGCUAUGAGGUUGCACGUAAAGAUGGGGAUCUGGAUGGUUACUCUGCCACCUUCUCCCUGGUGCCCCGAUUAAAGCUGGGCUUUGUGUUGCUAAUGGCAGGCACUAGGCCUCAAAACCAGGACAUUGUGGCCAAGACCUACUCUCACAUCAUCCCUGCCAUGGAGAGGGCUUUCCGUGAAGCCAAGCGCACCCUAAUCCCUCCCCCAAACCCAGCCCCUUACGUGGGCUUUUACACCUAUGGGAACAUAACAUUUUAUGAGAUAAGAGCAGGGCCUGAUGGAAUUUUGUCCAUGCAGCAGUUUGGGCCCCAAAUUGAGGACCUGAUCCCUGAGAGGUACCGGACAAUAAAGCUGAACUACCUUGUGGAUCGAGUUUUCAGAGUGGUGUUUGAGAAGGAGUACCCGUGUGUCUUACGAGUCAGCACAGCCUCUGUGUCGCUGGAGGCCCAAGAUGGGCAGCUCUUUAACUUUUACAUGUUUGACAAGAAAGGUGUAUCUCCAGGCUUUGACGCACCUGGCUUGAACACUUAUAACGUAGUCAGAAUAGCUCGAAGACCUACGUUCUCUAAUUGA